AUGAUGAUCCGUUCCAUUCAGCUGUUCUUCAUGACACUUGCGGCCGUGCGGGCUGUGAACCUUCGUUCCCGAUCGUUCAACAAUCUCACGGCGCUCCUGGAAGAGAAUCGUACCGACUACGCGCCUGCGCCUCAUCCGCGUCAUUACCGGUUUAUGGCGACGUCAACACGCUACGGGACAAACCCCCAGACAGCUUGCGGCCUUGACUCUGCCGCCCUCGUGAAGGGAACCCACUAUCUCGCAGUGGCAUCUGCGCAGGCAAUGCAAGACGGAUGCUGUCGCUGCAAUCGGAAUGGAGGAGGAGGGGGCACCGCAGGCCUGGGAUGCGGAUCCUGUGGCAAGGGGAAGUUUGUUCGGCAGCUGCCAAGAGGCUUCAAGAUCUGGACGCCUGAGAGCGCGAAGAUCUUCCACACGGAGUACAAGUUCGUGGUGGUGGACAUCUGCCCGCACUCCCACAACGCGAUGUGGUGCCCUGCACAUGCCGGACAGACCAACACCUUCGGAGUCCACAACCACCUCGACUUUGCAACUGUGCCUCAGCACUUCGACAACUACUACUUCGAGUUCACACCGGAGCCCUGCGACCACGAGAUGCAGUCCCGCUUGGCGCGCAUGUCGAACUGUCACUUGCGAUGA